AUGGAGUCGAUCACGGAUCUUGCUCAAAAGAUUGCCCAAGAGAAACAUCCACGAAAAGUGGACAAAGUUAUCCAGUAUGGAACAGCAGGAUUUCGAACCAGAGCUGAGAAUCUUGACCAUGUUAUGUACAGAAUGGGAUUGCUGGCAGUCCUGCGGUCAAAAGAAAGGAAAGCCACCAUUGGUGUGAUGAUCACAGCUUCUCACAACCCAGAGGAAGAUAAUGGAGUCAAACUGAUAGACCCCCAUGGGGAAAUGUUAGAGGCCUCUUGGGAAGUACAUGCCACUCACAUUGCUAAUGUACCGGAUGAUGGCUUGGCAGAGUCUCUACGGACUCUUAUACAAAAGGAAAACAUUGACAUGUCUGUGGAAGGAUAUAUAUAUGUGGCAAAGGAUACCCGACCUAGUAGCUCAUCAUUAUCUCAGGCUGUCAUGGAUGGUGUUUCAGCUCUGAAGACAAAUGCAAAGGACUAUGGCCUUUUGACAACACCACAGCUGCAUUACAUGGUUACAUGUAAAAACACCGAAGGCUCAUACGGAACUGAUACAGAGGAAGGCUAUUACCAGAAACUCUCCUCAGCAUUUAAACUGCUCCAUAAAAACGUGAGUUGGACCAAGUACUCCCCUGUCACUGUAGUGGAUGCUGCCAAUGGUGUGGGGGCUGUGAAGCUUAAAGAGAUGCAGAAAUACAUUGGGGAGACAUUAAAGAUAACAGUAUACAACGAUGGAUCAAGUGGCAAGCUAAAUCUACAGUGUGGAGCAGACUAUGUUAAAGUUCAACAGAAGGGGCCAAUUGGCUGUAACGCAGAUGCUGGGGUAAAACUGGUGUCUUUUGAUGGAGAUGCUGAUAGAAUUGUCUUCUACUUCUUUGACAAAGAUGGAAAAUUUCAUCUCCUUGAUGGUGAUAAAAUAGCAACAUUGGUGGCUGGGUAUUUGACAAACCUGGUAACACAGAGUGGCCUCAAGCUGAAACUGGGCCUGGUUCAAACUGCCUACGCUAAUGGCAGCUCAACCAAGUACAUCAGACAACAGCUGAAAAUUCCUGUUGCCUGUGUUCCUACAGGAGUCAAACAUUUACACCACAAAGCUUUAGAGUACGAUGUUGGGGUGUAUUUCGAGGCAAACGGACAUGGCACGGUAGUGUUUAGUGAUGACGCCAUGAAUCAGGUGAAAAAGGCUGCUUCUGAUGAAAGUCGACCAGAGAGUGAGAGAAAAGGUGCUCGGAAUCUCAGCACUGUGAUAGACGUCAUCAACCAGACAGUAGGGGAUGCGAUAUCAGAUCUGUUGCUAGUGGAGAUUGUUUUAUGUGUAAGAGAUUGGAGCCUAGAGGAUUGGGAUAAAGCUUACACAGACUUACCAAACAGACAGCUCAAAGUGAAGGUGAAGGACCGUACUGUGAUAAAGACGAGUGACGCUGAGAGGAAGGCAGACUCGCCUCCCGGACUACAGGAGGCAGUGGACAGUCUGGUAGAGAAGUACCCCUCUGGGCGCUCCUUUGUCAGACCGUCAGGAACAGAGGAUGUGGUCCGAGUGUAUGCUGAGGCUGAGACACAGGCUGAUGCUGAUAUGCUGGGGUAUGAAGUUAGCGUCAAGGUUUACGAGCUAGCAGGGGGCGUAGGAGACAAGCCCAGCCCACCUGCAAAGUGAGGAAGAGACCCUCCCUCCCUCCGGUCCGAUACCCAC